AUGGACGCAACCGCACCAGCCUCAGACGUCGAGGCCGUCGCCGUCAACAAGUUCAAGCAGCGGAUUUCUACCAUCUUCAAGAGCAAGGCCACCAUUGAAUUCCCUGGCGCGAGUCUCAAGGUGACUGCAGACAAGAGCUGCAUUCUUAGGUGGAAGACGCGCCAGGAUGACAGCUGCCCCGGCCACAUCAUGGAAUGGGACGACACAAGCCCUGACUACAUCAAAGUCACCAGCUUUCAGUACCCAAAGACCAUCCCUCCUCGCAACUCCGAGUCGCGAAGGGCUGUGUGCUUCAAGAUCCCAGUCAGGAAGGACUGCGGAAUGCGACGGGUCAUGAGCCUCACAAUGACGGACCUCGUGGCGGAUGGAGUCCUUCGGGACAAGGCAGGAAUCAAGUCGGUCGAGCUGAUCCAGAAGACGCCACAAAAAGCCAUUUGGCAUCUCGUACGUGUUGAGGAGAAACAGGGCUAA